UAGUGUUUCCUCAGACCAGGAUGGACUUUAUUCAACAUAACUAAAAAGACGGAACAGACAGACAAGACAUCUCUGGUCUACGCUGAUCAAAAACACUGGGUUCCUGAGGAUGAUGUCAGGGUAUUCACUGUCUGUGGUGGGUGUGGCGCUGCUCCUAUCCUUGGGGCGAUGCCAGAACGGAUGCUUUGUCCAGGACGGAACACCAGGAGGGAAAGGAACUCCAGGCCGGGAUGGACGACAAGGAGCAAAGGGAGACAAAGGAGAGCCAGCUGUGCUGGAUGCGGUGUUGCCCGGUGUACUGAAAGGGAUGAAGGGGAGCCGGGGGGUUCCGGGGGACAUGGGGCCUAAAGGUUUAAGUGGAGAUCUGGGACCUGAGGGUCCUUCUGGGCCCCCUGGCGCCCCUGGUCCCGCAGGGAGAGGCGGGGACCAAUCCCAUCAACACCGUGCGGCCUUCUCCGUGUCCCGGACAGACAUCUCCUACCCCCCCUACAGACGAACCCUGACCUAUAACUCCGCCAUCACCGACAGCAGCCUGAUCAGUUUGACCUCUGGAAUAUUCACCUGCAGCAUACCUGGAGUCUACUAUUUUGUCUUCCACUCAGUGGCCAAGGUGGGCAUGUGUCUGUAUCUGAAUAGUGACGCGCUGGGAGAGAGGAAGCUGGGUUUCUGUGACUACAACAGCAGAGCCACUACUCAGGUUCUGUCCGGAGGUGUGGUGUUGGACCUAUCACGUGGCAACAAGGUGUGGCUGGAGCCGUUUAAAGACGAGCAGCCGGAGAAUGUGAAGGAAGACAAGAAGGACAAGAAGAUCGUGUUUAACGGCUUCCUGCUCUUCCCAACCGGGAAGUGAUGUCACAACGCCAUGCAGUGACCUCGUCACAACGCCAUGCAGUGACCUCGUCACAUGAGCUGUCCCAGGAACCAACCAUUACUAACACUGUUCUAUACUGAUCUAUACUUUUCUAUACUGAUCUAUACUGUUCCAAACAGUUCUAUACUUUUCUAUGCUGAUCAUCUAUACUGAUCUAUACUGUUCUAUACUGAUCGACACUUUUCUAUUCUGUUCUAUACUGAUCUACACUUUUCUAUACUGUUCUAUACUGUUCUAUACUGAUCUAUACUGUUCUAUACUGAUCUAUAGUGAUAUAUAUACUGUUCUAUACUGUUCUAUACUGAUAUAUAUACUGUUCUAUACUGUUCUAUGCUGAUAUAUAUACUGUUCUAUAUUGUUCUAUACUGAUAUAUAUACUGUUCUAUACUGAUCUAUACUGUUCUAUACUGAUCUAUACUGUUCUAUACUGUUCUAUACUGAUCUAUACUGUUCUAUACUGAUCUAUACUAAUAUAUAUACUGUUCUAUACUGAUCUAUACUGUUCUAUACUGAUAUAUAUAUACUGUUCUAUACUGUGCUAUACUGAUCGACACGUUUCUAUUCUGUUCUAUACUGAUCUACACUUUUCUAUACUGUUCUAUACUGUUCUAAACUGAUCUAUACUGUUCUAUACUGUUCUAAACUGAUCUAUACUGUUCUAUACUGUUCUAUACUGAUCUAUACUGUUCUAUACUGAUCUAUACUGAUCUAUACUGAUAUAUAUACUGUUCUAUACUGAUAUAUAUACUGUUCUAUACUGAUCUAUACUGAUAUAUAUACUGUUAUAUACUGAUAUAUAUACUGUUCUAUACUGUUCUAUACUGAUCUAUACUGUUCUAUACUGUUAUAUACUGAUAUAUAUACUGUUCUAUACUGUGCUAUACUGAUCGACACGUUUCUAUUCUGUUCUAUACUGAUCUACACUUUUCUAUACUGUUCUAUACUGUUCUAAACUGAUCUAUACUGUUCUAUACUGUUCUAAACUGAUCUAUACUGUUCUAUACUGUUCUAUACUGAUCUAUACUGUUCUAUACUGAUCUAUACUGAUCUAUACUGAUAUAUAUACUGUUCUAUACUGAUAUAUAUACUGUUCUAUACUGAUCUAUACUGAUAUAUAUACUGUUAUAUACUGAUAUAUAUACUGUUCUAUACUGUUCUAUACUGAUCUAUACUGUUCUAUACUGUUAUAUACUGAUAUAUAUACUGUUCUAUACUGAUAUAUAUACUGUUAUAUACUGAUUUAUAUACUGUUCUAUACUGAUAUAUAUACUGUUCUAUACUGUUCUAUACUGAUCUAUGCUGAUAUAUAUACUGUUCUAAACUGUUCUAUACUGUUCUAAACUGUUCUAUGCUGUUCUAUACUGUUCUAUACUGUUCUAAACUGUUCUAUGCUGAUAUAUAUACUGUUCUAAACUGUUCUAUACUGAUAUAUAUACUGUUCUAUACUGUUCUAUGCUGAUAUAUAUACUGUUCUAAACUGUUCUAUACUGAUAUAUAUACUGUUCUAUACUGAUCUAUGCUGAUAUAUAUACUGUUCUAAACUGUUCUAUACUGUUCUAUACUGAUCUAUACUGAUCUAUGCUGAUAUAUAUACUGUUCUAAACUGUUCUAUACUGAUCUAUACUGUUCUAUACUGAUAUAUAUACUGUUCUAUACUGUUCUUUACUGCUCUAUACUGAUCUAUACUGUUCUAAACUGUUCUAUACUGAUCGACACUUUUCUAUUCUGAUCUAUACUGAUAUAUACUGAUAUAUAUACUGUUCUAUACUGAUUUAUAUACUGUUCUAUACUGUUCUAUGCUGUUCUAUGCCAACCCAUUAUUGAUAUAAAUACAGUGCCUAGUGAAAGUCACACACACCCCUUGCAGUCUCCACAUGUUGAUGCCUUAAAUCUAAAAAGGGAUUACAUGUUUUUCCUAUUCCACAUUUUAAAUAAAUUAUAGAACAUUUUCCAAAUGAAUAAUAAAAAUACAAUUUAAAACGAA